AAAUACUUCGUUAAACAUAAACUCAUUUCAGCUAUCAGGUUUGGUACGUCACCCGUUCUUCACCAAUAAACACAAGGACAUAAGGCAAAUUAUUGUCAAGGAGUAAACAAUCUUAUGCGUAAAAUGAGAAUGAAAGAAUUUCUCAUCGCAUUACUUGUAUGGCUCAUUUAUUUUCAGAAUUUGCUUGUCUUUGAAGAGGUAGAAAAAAAAUAUAUAUAUAUAGGAGUCACCAGUUGAAAACAAACAUAUAGUAAGAUUCAUUCUUUUUUUGCAGAAAUAAGUAUUAGCAAUGAGUUCAACCGCCGUUCUUGAAGCACCUCCAAAGAUUACGCUUGAAAAGCAUCAAACGAGCCCUAACAAGAGUCAUGAAUUUCAAUUAUCCAAAAACAUAUUCAAUGGUAAUUUAACAGAGCUGCCAGACGGGGAUCACCUUGCAUUGAGAGAUAGUAAUGGUACCUUGAAAACUUAUGCUCUUCCUAAAGAUUACGAAUUCGCCGAACUGCUUCCAUUCUUCCCAGAUUCCAAGGAUAAGCCGCUGGAUAAAGUAGAGUUUUAUGAUCGUGGAUUGAAUGCGGAUCCCAGUUUCUCAAAUUUGUUUCGGGAUCUAACGAAAAUUGAGCAUUUGGCAAGAGAUUUGGGAACUGUCUUACACGGAGUUCAGUUGAGUAAACUUGACAACGCUCAAAAGGAUGAACUUGCUAGAUUGAUCGCUGAACGAGGCGUUGUUUAUUUCCCUGAUCAAGAGCAGACAAUCGAGGAAUUUGAAGAGUUGGGUCUGUACUAUGGUAGCCCACAUAUUCAUGGCGCCAAUGCAAUCCCAAGGAAUGAACGAUGGAAAAAUUUUCAUGUAGUUUAUUCUGAUAAAAACACUCGGUCGGAUGUCCUGAAUGGCUUACCUCAAAUAAGAUACUUACACACGGACGUCAGUUUUGAAGAACAGCCUACAGCACAGACCUUUUUCAAAGCUUUAAAAGUUCCUGAUCAAGGUGGUGAUACCGUUUUUGUUUCCGGUUACGCUGCUUAUGAGGCGCUGUCUGAACCCAUGAAGAAUUACUUAGAGGGCUUAACAUUGGUACAUUCUGGCGUUGAACAGGCAGAAAGAAGACGCCAGGCAGGACAUGCCACUCGCCGGGAAGGAAUUUUAACCGCUCAUCCAAUCAUUCGUACCCAUCCAGUUACAGGAUGGAAGUCUUUAUACGUUAGUCCCGAGUUCAGUCGAUAUAUUCCCGAGAUUCCCAGAGCUGAGUCUGAUGCUAUUUUGAAUUUUCUGUAUCAGCAUUUGGCGUCUUUGUCUUCUUCUACCGUUAAAAUACAGUGGUCGAAAAACGGAGUCGUCGCAUGGGACAAUCGUAUUGUAGUGCACCGUGCUACAUAUGACCAUAUUCCCCAAACUCGCCAUUUUAUCCGUAUUGCUGCUCGUGGUGAAAAACCAUUUUUAGACAAGAAUAGUCGUGAGCGCAAGGACGUGCUUUCUGAUUCAGCCUAAACUAUAGCAAAAAUAAAAUCAAACAUUUCAAUUUUGUCUUCGACUAGAGAUGGAAAGUUGCAUUAUCCCUUCUGUAACUAAUCUUUAGAUAAGUAACGUUCUCAUUUAAUUUGACGCGGUUAUUUUUUUAUAGCAAUAAAACC